ACAACGACGACGGAGGGAAAAGCUGACGUUAAUAAAAGUGUCGUUAAAGUCGUUGAUCAAGGCGGCAAACAGUUUCGCGUUUACGCGCUUCUUUUCGCGUUGCGUUUUGUUUGCCCCAAUACCGCGACCGUCGCCGUGCAGGACGUGGACGAGGACGAAAAAGAUUCAAAGAACUGGAACGAUAACUACCGUCAACCGAUCCGAAGAUAUAUCCUCGUCGUCGAGAACGCGCCUACGUGCUAACGCGUUUCUCAUCGCUAAACAUUAUUAACUUUCUUUCUUUAUUAUUAUUAUUAUUAUUAUUAUUAUUCUACGGUGUUGUGUGAGCCGCGAGCGCGCGCGCGCGCGCUAAAAAACAGUGUAAAUGGCGCUCUCAGCACAGAACCAGUCGACGUCCUACGUGAACUUGUACUACUCGAUCGUCCAGCGUGCGGCGACGCGAUACUUUAAGGAAUACUACAAUUCCGAUACUGGCGCGCCCUACGUAUUGUACAAGGACAACAUGGAGAGACCCCAAGGGCAAUGGGGCCCGGGGCCGGGAUCUCUCCAGGACGGGGGACUGUAUCCUCAACAGCAACAACAACAGCAACAGCAGCAACAACAACAGCAGCAACAGCAGCAACAACAACAGCAGCAGCAACAGCAACAGCAACAGCAGCAAGGUUCCUCCUCGUCCGGUAGUCCACAGCAGGCCUGUGGUCCUCCCGUCGAAGGAGAAAACGGUCCUCCGCCCUCGUUGGCCUCCCCCGUGCCCUCCCCUUAUCCCUCGGCACCUCCCGAGCCUCAAGCCUUAACCCCGGCCGAGGACGAUAUACAAUCUAAUCAGACCACCUCUCAGCAACAACAACAACAACAGCAACAACAGCAGCAGCAGCAACAACAGACUCAACAACAGCAACAACAGGUUCAGCAACAGCAAGUACAACAGCAACAACAGCAGCAGCAACAACAACAGCAGCAGCAACAAUCGCAGCAGGACCAUUCGCCGCAGCAGCAAUUGACGCCACAUGAGGUGGAUCGAAGCGAUUGCUUUCCAGGUGCCGGGGAACUCCAACAAUAUCCACAGCAUUAUUUCAAAGAGGCAAGGCCUCAUCCGUCACCGUCCGUACCGCCGCACAUGCUGACGCCAGGCGGUUUCUCGGCGUUACAUUAUUUGAAGCAACCCGGGGUGAUGCUGACAUCCCUCGGCCAAGGAGACGGCGGACCCGGUGGCCUCGAGGCUCACCAGUACGCGAGCCCAGGUGCGCCUAAUAUGGCGACCGGUCUACCCGACAUCGUCCAGCAAAGUGGGAAAACGUCGAAAGGCGCUAACAGCGACCUACGCCUCUUCAAAUGCCUCACCUGCGGCAAAGACUUUAAGCAAAAGUCGACUCUGCUACAGCACGAGCGGAUCCAUACGGACAGUCGGCCGUACGGGUGUCCAGAAUGCGGGAAGCGGUUCAGGCAGCAAUCGCAUCUGACGCAGCACCUGCGCAUACACGCGAACGAGAAGCCCUAUGCUUGCGUAUACUGCGAGCGUACGUUCCGACAGCGUGCCAUCCUCAACCAGCAUCUGCGCAUCCACUCGGGUGAGAAGCCAUACCAAUGUCCGGAGUGCGGAAAACACUUCCGUCAGAAGGCGAUCCUGAAUCAGCACGUCCGCACACACCAAGACGUGAGCCCGCAUCUCAUCUUCAAGAACGGGAUGACGCCGACGCUUUGGCCGCAAGACGUACCGUUUCCACCGGAGGAAGGCAAGGAGGAGGUAGCCUCGACUUUCGGCGACACGGACACGCAGUCGGGUGCGUUUAGUCCCGCGCCAGACGCGAAUUCCAUCCAGUAUCCGGCAUACUUCAAAGACCCGAAAGGCGGUAAUCACGCGGUGUUCGGUGCCGGUGGUUCGAGCAGUUUCGGCGCGCUACAAUAUAUAAAACAGCAAGGGGGUAGCAAGAGCUGCCUACCGGACGUGAUACAGCACGGUCGUUCCGCGGGAAUGCCUCUUUACGUUCGUUGUCCGAUCUGUCAGAAGGAGUUUAAACAAAAGUCGACUCUACUACAGCACGGUUGCAUACACAUCGAGUCAAGACCUUAUCCCUGUCCGGAGUGUGGCAAGAGGUUCAGGCAACAGUCCCACCUCACUCAGCAUUUGCGCAUUCACACGAACGAAAAACCAUACGGUUGCGUUUACUGCGGCCGUAAUUUCCGACAGCGUACUAUUCUUAAUCAGCAUCUGCGCAUUCACACAGGCGAGAAACCGUACAAGUGUCAACAGUGCGGCAAGGACUUUCGUCAAAAGGCGAUAUUGGACCAGCACACGCGUACACAUCAGGGCGAUCGGCCGUUUUGCUGUCCAAUGCCAAACUGUAGGCGACGAUUCGCGACCGAGCCGGAGGUUAAGAAGCACAUCGACAACCAUAUGAAUCCGCACGCGGCAAAGGUGCGUAGGAACUCGAGCAGCGACGCGAAAGCACCCGGUACGCCUACCGGUUUAGGACCCGUGCCGGUACCGCGCGGCCUUACACCUACCGUUGUUAAGCCCGAGCUAUACUUUCCUCAGUGUUACGCGCCCGCGUUCAAUCAUCAGCCGCCGGUAUCGACUGCACAGUUCCCCGGUCAGACGAACGGGGUAUCCGUGGCUGGCGAGUUCAAACCACCUAGCGGACUGCCGCCCCAGUGACUAACCGUCCAUCCUGCCGCCUACUAGCAAGCAGGAAUACCGCUGACGUUUCAGCGAUCCUUUGCUCAUCGCUUCGAGGCCGGGCCAACCGCCGCCGUUGCCGCCGUCGCCGCCGUCGUCGCCACCGCCUCCACCACCAUUGCCACCACC